CUGCCUUUCAAGCCAGUGGCUGGACUCUGACAUCAGCUGGUGUUGGCUUAGGCUUUAGAUGAACUCAGAAUUAUGUAUGUGAUCAUCCAUGAUGUCUGAUUACUGAUUAUCUACAAACAGUUUGCACCACAGCCUCCGCAGUGGCCCAAGCCUGCAUGGGAAACUCCCUUUGUGCCUUGAAAUGGGGAAGACUAGAAACAUUGUUUGACAGAGAAGCAACACAACAGAAGUUUUGUGAAGUUUGAAUAUUCGAUUACGAGAUCAACACGGAUGCGGUCAAGGAGUUCCCAAAGGGGAGGGACAGACCGUCUGUGUAAGAUAAAUCUGUCACUAUCUGAGAUUAGGAGUCACCCUGAGCUACAGAGACUUUCCCAAGCCCAGAAAAGGCCCUGCAUGAAGAUGAAGAAUCUCUUAGUAUUUGCUGUGUUCUUUGCUUAUGGUGCAGUUAUAACACACGGGAGUCUCUGGGAGCUUCAAAAGAUGAUUAAGCAAGUCACUAGGAAAAAUGCCUUAUGGAAUUAUUCCAAAUACGGCUGCUACUGCGGAUCAGGAGGUAAAGGGACGCCAAAGGAUGGCACUGAUCAGUGCUGUCAGUUGCAUGACUGCUGCUAUGAGAGGCUCGAGGAUCAUGGAUGUAAUGCCAAAUUGAACACCUACAGCUACUUCUACCUGAGUGAAAGGAUAUACUGCGGCCCUCCUCUCAAACACGCAUCCUGUUACUGUUUGUCAGCAGAGUUGAGGAGCUGGUGCAAAACGGAGAGCUGCCGGUGUGACAGUGACUUGGUGCUCUGCUUGAAGAAACACGUAAGCAGCUACAAGACAGGUUAUCGCUUCUAUCGAAAGAGCCACUGUGGAGGUGAGGCACCCAGAGGGUUCGUCAGAUGCAGUCUGCUUCCCCAUAGCCAACAACUCUUGGAGAAGUACACUGGAUCCGUAGGCUGGCUGCUGAGGACUUUCUGUACAGGUCCUGGCCAGAGGAAGAUGAGGCUUCUCUUGGCAUUGGCUGUGCUGUUAUCCUGCAGUGAAUUCAUGGUGCAUGGGAGUCUCUUUGAGUUUCGCAAGAUGAUCAAACAAGCAACUGGGAAAAGUGCUCUACCGAAUUAUACCUUCUAUGGAUGCCACUGUGGUGUGGGGGGCAAAGGAAUGCCUAAGGAUGCAACUGAUUGGUGUUGCCUGCAUCACGACUGCUGCUACUCACAGUUGACGGCUCAACGAUGUCAUGUCAUAACUGACAAAUACCAUUACACUUACAGGAGAGGAGUCAUAACGUGCGGUCCAGGCACCUGGUGUAAAAGGAACAUCUGCGAGUGUGACAAGGCCGCUGCAUUGUGCAUGAAGCGCAACUUAAGGAGCUACAACAAGAAAUAUCGCUUCUACUCCAACAUAAAGUGCACAGGGAGAAAGCCAAGCAGCUUCCUGUGCAGCAGCCAGCUAUCCGAAGCCUGCCUGCUAACAGGAACAGAUCCAGACAGAGAUCGAUACUACUGAGUUGCUUGCCUGAGUGAAAGAUCCGGGUGUUUCCUCUCCCAGGUCCUGCACAAAGAUGAGGAAUCUCUUUGCAGUCACCUUGCUAAUCA